UCUAGUUACAUAUUCAUUCAAAUACAUUUAUCAAAAAACAUCACCUUCAUGGCGACUAACGCCAGAUACGAGCCGGCUCCUCAGCGAGAUUCGUUCGAGGACCAGCACUACACGCAGGCCCCGCCUUCUUAUCAGGCUACUGCGCAAGAGCCUACGCCUCGCAGCGAGGACGACAACGUUCCUGAUGACUUUAAAUUUGGUGGCACCGUCGCGGAGGGCACUCUGCCCAUCCGUAUGCAGUUCAUCCGCAAGGUCUAUGCGAUCCUCACCGUCCAGCUGCUCCUAACCACCGUCAUGAGCUCCAUCUCAUUCUUCAGCCCCAGUUACUGCGAAUGGAUCCGUAGCAACGUCUGGCUCAUGAUGGUAUCCGUCUUUGGCGCUUUCGGAUUCCUACUCGUAACAUACUGGAAGCGCAAAAGCUACCCCGCAAACCUCCUGUUCCUCUCCGCGUUCACCAUCCUUGAGGCCUACUCCAUCAGUGUGGUUACAUCAUAUUACCAGCCUCGGAUCGUGGUGCAGGCUUUGAUCUUGACUUUGGGCUUGUUUGUUGGUCUCACACUCUUUGCAUGCCAGACAAAGUAUGACUUCACCAACUGGAUGCCAUACCUGUUCGGUGCACUGUGGUUCCUCAUCCUCUUUGGAUUUGUGGCUGCCUUUGUUCCUCACGGCAGCACCAUGGAACUUAUCUACGGCAGUCUGGCGGCCCUGAUUUUCUCAGGCUACAUUCUGGUUGACACCCAGCUUAUCAUGCGCCACUACCAUGUUGAGGAGGAGAUUGCGGCUUCGAUUUCGCUCUACCUUGAUAUCCUCAAUCUGUUCUUGGCCAUCCUACGGAUUUUGAAUAACCAGAAUAACAACUGAUUCCUGCACUCGCAGUCAUCGAGGAAAGUGCUCUUACAACGGAUACUGCUUGCUUCUGCCUAUAUCUGCCACUAGUCUGUCUCUUCAGUUACUGCUGUGCUAUUGCUUUUCAGGUAUCUACUUGACUCUGAACAUGCCAUUCUUGCUAUUUUGCUAUUAUUUUGAAACGAUCUGAGCGUGCAAUAAU